ACACAUCCCACAAGGUUAACAGGUGCUAGGAUAGCUUCACAACCACACAUCAUGAAACUGGUUCUUUUCCUCGCCACGGUGGCGAUUCUGAACGUGGCCCAAGCCAAGCUGGUGAAGGUGGAGGUCCCGGUAGCGGUACCUAUUCCGGUGCCGGAGAUUCAACACAUUGAAAAGCGUGUGUCAACCAUCAAAGAAGUGAAAGUCCCCUACAUACAGGAGGUACCGGAAGAGCAUGUUGUCACCCACGUGAAGGAAGUGCCAGUCGUCAAGGAGGUACCGGUGGUGAACGAAAUUACCGUGUACCGUGAUGUGGAAGUCGUUAAGGAAGUGCCAGUUGAGAAGAUUGUACACCGACGUGUCGAAGUUCCGGUGGAGGUAGUGCGUGAGGUUGAACUGAUACGUGAAGUGCCGGUGAUUAAGGAGAUUCCACACGUGAAAGUUGUGAAGGUGAUCAAGGAAGUUCCGGUGGAGGAGGUAGUGGUGAAGGACCUGCCCGUGGCCGAACCAUACCCUGUGAAGGUACCGAUUCACGUUCCCGUACCAGUUCAAGCGCAUGAGCUGCAUCUGACCAAAUUGAACAAGUUCUCCCAUUUGCAUGGUCUUAAAAACUUCCUGGGAUAA